CGCAGAGCCGUGUCCGGGAGCACUCUCCCCACCCAGCCCGCUUUCUCUCCCAGCCCCUUGCUCCGGCCUCCUGGCUCGAUGAGGCGCCGGUCCUUCCCUUUGCUCACCCGCCUUAACUACUGCGGGGCGAAGGAGUGAGGCAGAAAGGACGCCGGCGCCCACGAAACUCGCGCCGCUGAAGGCACAAGCAGGGAAAAACCCGGCGGCGGCAGCCACGCUGGAGGUGCGCCAAAGACCGGCAGCCCGCCGGGCACGGCCUCACAGUCAUGAGACGGAUCUUACUUGUGUUUCUCCUGGCUGCUGGAGUGAUGUACGUUAUACUGCACUGCAACAUCUGGAGGACAAACAGCUACUGGUUGCUACCUACAGAUUCAGACAGAAAAGAGCAACUAUUUCUUUGCUCUUUGAAAUCCAAUAUUUCAACUUUUAUAAGGUUAGAUAAAUUCUAUCCCUUCCUGUGCGCUACUAAUUUUCUGCAACUGUCCAAGCUCCAUGGAAGUCACAAUCUUGAACUACCUUAUGGAAUAAGGAGAGCAGAAAGGUAUUUUCAAAUGGCACUUUCAAGACUGGAUAACUGUGGGCUCUUCACUCAAGAUGAUGGUCCGUCCUGUAAAAAAUGUGUUGUGGUCGGGAAUGGAGGGGUCCUUCGGAACAAGAGUCUGGGGAAAACAAUUGAUUCCUACGAUGUGGUGAUCAGAAUGAACAAUGGGCCUGUUCUGGGCUAUGAAGGUGAUGUUGGAAGGAGGACAACUUUCCGGCUGUUCUACCCAGAGUCUGUUUUUUCAGAUGUGAUCCACUAUGACCCUAACACAACUGCAGUUCUUGUUGUCUUCAAGCCCCAUGAUUUAAAAUGGCUUUGGGAUCUGUUAAGUGGCCAACGUGUGAUUAAAACAUAUGCAUUUUGGAAGAAACCAGCAACACAAAUGAUUUAUAAGCCCGACCAGAUCAGAAUUCUUAAUCCUGCUAUUACCAGAAGAACAGCAUAUGAGUUGCUUCAUUUGCCCACAAAGUUCUCCAAAAAGGAAAGACCCAAACAUCCGACAACAGGGUUAAUUGCCAUUACGUUUGCAUUUCAUAUAUGCAGUGAAGUUCACCUGGCAGGCUUUAAGUAUAAUCUUGUGGACCGAAACAGUACUUUGCACUAUUAUGGCAAUGACACCAUGUCUCUGAUGACUCAGAAUGCAUAUCACGACAUUGCUGCGGAGCAGAGGUUUUUGAAGGAACUUGUGGACCACAAAAUUGUGAUCAAUCUCACAGAAGAAUAACAAUGGAAGAAUAAUCACUAUUUGUAGCUAUAUGCCAAGAUACUUAAGAAAAGGCAUGUGAAAGCCAUUCUGUGCUUAACUCCUCAAGUGUAGCAAAAGGAGAGGAAUGUCUCUGCCUUAAGUAUCGUUAUUUGACCAUCAAGGAACCAACGGUUAACUGUUACAUGUGAGUUUAUUUAAUAAUGAAAGAAAUGUUGGAGAUGUCUAAAAAUGAUGCUCUGAUCCAGUUCACUUGACACAACGUCACCCUGGGGGACUGUCAUGUCAUGCACUCAGCUUGCCAUGGGUUAUCAUGUCAUGUAAACCCAGGUAGCAGGGAUUGUUUAAGGGUUAGACAAUCCUCAAAUAAUUCAUGGCUUGUUUUAGGGUUAUUUGAGGGUUAUGUAACCCUCAAACAGCUUCUGCCAUAUAGGUUCAUAUGACAUGACAACCCAUGGCAAGCUGGGCAUCAUGCAAAAAUGAAGCCUGUGAGCACCCAUCACAACACAAUGGCCCCCAUGGGUAAAUUAACCCAUGCUGAGCUGUCUUGUCAUGUUAAAUAGAGGGCUGGUUUGUAAGAAAACAGAGUUCUCAAUGGCCAAUUUCUUUUCCUACUUUUCCACCCCCAGUCUUUGCCUUUUCCCUACCUGAUCACCCAGCAGCUAGACCUUUAGAGGCAUAGAUUCUGUUAAAGGUUGACCAUGAUUGAUAAAGAUGUUAAAAAGAAAUUCAAGUACAGUGGGAUCAUGAAUGAGGCCAAGUUCAGUGCCUGGAUGCUAGAAAUGCAGAAAGUCAUUAUGUUGUUGUCAGUUCAGUUUAGAAUAAGGGGACAAACAUUGACUUUUUCAAGAAGCCAAUGCAAGCAAGGGUGAAGGGGAUGCAGGUGGGAGAGGGGCAGUGCAGAAAAUGGUUCUCUCUCUCUCUCUGCACUAUUGCUUACCAUAUGCCAAAUAUGUGAGUAACAUAGCUGGUCUAAUGCUGGCCAUCUGAGUCUUCUCAUGAGCAUGGUCAAAUGUCCCAUGUAAGAGGAAGUUAAAUUUCUUUUUAAAUAAUGGAACUGUAGAUGAACCUAAAGCAAUCACUCUGCUCUGAAACUCCUGCAUCUCAGAAUGGUAAAGGUGUGUUUCUUCACAAGUUUGAGUUAAUUCAUGUCUCCAAGAUGUUGCAGUGGAUGCUUAAAACACAACAUGGAGGCUGCUGGUGGAUCUUCUGAAUGUUUCUAGAAUUGAAGAUGUUUAUUCUAAACAGUCAGCAGUUCAGUAUUCUGUUAAGUCAUCAUGAGGACCGAAACUCAUAAUUCCUGUACCAUAAUAUUGCUUGUAAUCCAAAAGCUCAGAAACAUCUGACUGGUUUUGCAAACACCACUUUUCUUUUCCUUUUUUAAAUUUUCUGUUUUGCUCAUUUUUCACUAUAGUCUUGAGAUACCUGCCUAUAAGGGUCCAAAAAAGCCUGACAGCCAAGAUGUUCUUUAAAUGACGCACAGUGGUGGUGAUAGCCUUUGUCUUCAUAGUCUAAACCCAAAUCUGCUUGAACGUUUCACCAAGUUCUAAGCAUAUAAAUGGAAUAUCUAUUAUAGGCUUUCCCCAGAUGGGUCCUCUAGUUGCUUAACAGAUUGAAAGCCAGGAAAAGAAACUGAGCAAUUUCUGGCCCUGGCUGCCUAUGUUCAGCUUCCUAAUACAUCCCACCAGUUGUGCAGUGUAGUAGGGCUGACAAGCGAACUGCUGCAACACAGUACAGGGGCAUAUGGGAGCAGGGCGGGGGGCACCUUCACUUGCUGAUUUGUGGCCAUUUACCAGUGCUAAAGACCCAUGAGCCCUGCCAAAAAAUUUACACUGCUGGCAAUUUUUCUGGGGGUUGUAGUGCCUGCCUCCCAAUUCUUUUCUUGGUUUGCGCUAUUUGUCCAUGAAAUAUGUAGAAUAUACACCAGUGCUUGGCAGAUAAAAGUCUUGUGGAGAUAAAAUGAUAGCCAAAGCUUCAUCUACUUGCUUACUUCAUGUUGGGCUGCUGUCAAAAGCACAAGUUCAGAGCCAGGAAAAACUGAUGGCAACCCUAGAACUGAUUAGCCAUGUAACGUUUGCAGAAACAAAUUCGUAAGUGCCAACCAAAAUCUAGCAUACUUGCAGGGAAGUGCAUGCUCCAACAUUAUUUAAGCCAAAGAUCACAAUGAUUCUUCCCAAGGAAGAUGAUCCUAGGUUUCUGGAUUCAUUUUGGUUUCAGUUUUAAUCUCAGUUUUCUAAUUAAGUAGAGCACUUUUUGUGAAGCGUUUAAUGUUUCUUAAUUUCUCGAUUUGCUUGAUGUUCUUCUGUAAGUUACUUGUCUUUUUUGCAAUUGUUGCUAUGUUUUAAGGGACUUUCUCCCCGAAAUGAUUUUGUUUUGAUACACUGAUAGCUUUAUUGCUAGUGGACAGGAACUUACAAUUGGCAAAUGUGGCAAUGUAGUUAUAUGUCUUGCAGUAUUGAUUCCUUUUCUCUGCUGAAAGAAAACUCAUUCUGUACCAUGAUAUGACCUGUAUAUGUUAGUCUGGUCCUAUUUGGACCCAAGAUGUGCUGGAGAAAAAAGGACUAGAUUAAUGGUGUAUAUACCUGCCAGCUGGUCAAAGAAAUGUAUGGAAAAUGAAAUAUACCUGAAAUCUCCACUGACAGGUACCUGGCAUAGCCAUUUCUGCCUAUAAACAUUGAGCCAAAUAUAAUAAAUGACCAUUUUAUUAUACAGCCACUCUGCAAAUAUAUAAAUG